GAUUCUUGCAAAAAGAAAUGGAGGAAACAAAUAAAAAUGUGCUUGGUGAUUGCUUUACUAGUGCCAUGGCACUCACUGAGUCAGGUGUCCCUCACGUGCCUACCCGUUACAUUCUUCCGCCUUCACAACGACCAGUUCUCAGUCCAAGCAUUGGCACUGGUAGCAUCAAUCUUCCUGUCAUUGAUCUCUCCUUCUUACAUGAUCCUCUGCUUCGACCCAGUGUCAUCCAUGAGAUUGAAAUGGCUUGCAAGGAGUUUGGUUUCUUUCAGGUUACAAACCAUGGAAUAUCAUCAUCGGUGAUGAGAGAUGCACUUGAUGCAGCUACAAGGUUCUUUGACUUACCUUCCCAUGAGAAGAUGCUUCUGGUUUCUGAUGAUGUUCAUACGCCAGUAAGAUAUGGCACCAGCAUCAACCAUGCAACAGACAGUGUUCAUUACUGGAGAGACUUCAUCAAACAUUACUCACACCCUCUCUCAAAGUGGAUUAAUCUCUGGCCAUCCAACCCUUCAUGCUACAAGCAAAAAGUGAGGAAAUACUCAGAAGCAACGCAUGUGUUACACAAGCAACUAAUAGAAGCUAUCUCAGAAAGUCUAGGCCUCGAGAAAAGUUACUUACAGGAAGAAAUCGAAGAAGGGUCACAAGUCAUGGCGGUGAACUGCUACCCAGCGUGUCCACAACCCGGGAUAGCCUUGGGGAUGCCACCACACUCUGACUUUAGCUCACUGACCAUCUUACUCCAAAGCAGCCAGGGGCUUCAGAUAAAAGACAAAAACAACAACUGGAUCUGUGUGCCGUACAUAGAAGGAGCUCUGAUAGUGCAGCUUGGAGAUCAAGUAGAAGUGAUGAGCAAUGGCAUCUACAGGAGUGUGGUUCAUCGAGUAACAGUGAACAAAGAUGUCAACCGCCUCUCUUUCGCGAGUCUACACAGCUUACCAAUGAACAAGAAGAUAAGUCCAGCACCCCAGCUUGUGAAUGAAGACAAACCAGCUGCUUAUGGAGAUUUCAGCUUUAAUGAUUUUCUUGAGUAUAUCUCAAGAAACGAUCUUACAAAGCAGAGAUUCAUUGAUACAGUUAAGAAAAAUAAGUUCUGAAGAUGGUGUCAGUGAUUGCAAAUUCCCUUUCUGUUGGAUCACUUGGAACCUAAGUAAGUUGAAAAAUGUAUUAAGUAGUGUAAUGUGUUAUGAAACCACUAGGUUAUUACAGAACAUUAGUAAGAUUGUCUGCAAGUGAAAUGUACUUGUUUAUAUGUUACAUACAAAAAUAAUAAUUACUUGUCAUAAUUGCAAAUGAUUCUCAUUUUUCUCUUGAUAAAUCGUACAAAAAUCCAUAAAAAGUUUUGAAUGUAAAGAAGAAGAAGAGUGUCUGAACUCGGAAGAUGGUGAUAAUUCAUAACAAAGAAGGUAAAUUUGCAGCACCGUAUCGAACUACUUACAGUCUACGGUAAAUCAGCGGUGAUAAUAGUUUUCUCCGGUAAGCUCUGUUAAUACGGCUCCGCCUCAUCUUCUCGGUUCCGUCGGUAGAUUCGCCGUUAAACUUCACUCCGUUAUCGUUAUUUUUUUUUUUUUAAUUUAUAUCGUGAAUCCUUUUUUAUUUACGUUUUUAGCCGAUAAAUAUUGUUCAUUUACUUGGUCUUCGUAUACUUUUAAAUUGAACAACAACGCCCCAUUUGCAACGGUACCUGGAUUAUAUACAAAAAGAUCAUUUUUCAAAAAACAAGCGUUGUAGAUUAUGAUAUGGAGUAAUCAUCCCUGUGUAUAUUAUACUUUUUUUUUUUUUUUUGUCAUCUGAUGUUUUAAUAUUGAAACAUAACUUAAUAAACCUAGCAUAGGGAGGUUACAGACCUGAACACAAAACCUAAAACCAAGAAAGUGAAACAACCAAGCUGACGAUUAGAAGAUGCAUACUAAUCCCAGAGACACAAGCCGGCGGCUGAAAGAUAAUCAACCUCAGAGCCAAAGUUUUAACUACUUUAAAUGGGACUCAACACCGAUCAAGAAGAAACAAAAUCAGCAUGUUAACUUAAAGUUAACCGUUGCUGUGUAUUGAGCCUUGUGCGCACCUCUGCUCCAUUGACACCCUUCAAAAUCAAACAAACUUGAUGUUGAUCUUUGAAAAUGACCACCACGCGCCUUCAACGCGCUACCCCUCCACUGCCUUCUCUAGAUCCAGCUAUGACUCGCCACUGGACUCUGAAACCGGCUCACCACGCGCCUUCAACGCACCCCCACUCCACUGCCCCUCUAGAUCCAGCUAAGACUCGCCACUGGACUCUGUAACAGGCUCACCUUGCGUCUUCUACAUGCUUCCACUCCAAUAACUUCCUCCAGAUCCAACUGAGACUUGCCAUUAGACUCUGGACGGGCUCACCACACGCUUCUACGCGCCUCUACACCGAUACAAAACAAAACAAGCAGAACCUAACACGAACGAACUCAACACAGCCGGUCAC